CGCCAAGCCGCACAUGAUGAACGAGUAUACGAUCGACCAAGUGUUGAUCCACGGCUUGUAUGGGGACCUCCUUCUCUGCACGGCCAACGCCUCCAACGUCCAAUACAUCAUCAAGCAAAUGAACAUGCGCAUGGCCGAGCACGAGACGACCGACGCGACAAGCGAGAAUGGCAUUGAGAAGGAGCUUCAGGCGUACGCACUGAUCCAGUGCGCGACCAAAUCAAAGAACGCCAAGAAGGGCGCCAGUGCGGUGGUCGGUCUCGUCGACAGCUUCACCGAAGACGGCUACGUGCAUCUCGUGCUCGAGUAUUGCGUCCAAGGCGACCUCUUUGAGAUGCUGCAGAACAGUCCGCGUGAGCUCUUUUACUGGGACGACGCGCAGCGCUACUUUGACCAGAUUGCCCACGGGGUUGCGUUUCUGCACAACGAGUGCGGCCUCGCCCACCGGGACAUUUCGCUCGAAAACAUCCUAAUCGACGACGUCGGCGACUGCAAGAUCUGUGACUUUGGCCUCGCGAGCAUCGACUGCAAGCGCGAAAGCCGCCCGGUCGGGAAGCGCUACUACAUGGCGCCCGAGAUGUACGGCGACGACGGCUACGACCCGAUGGCCGCUGACGUGUGGGCCCUUGGCGUCCUUCUCUACAUGAUGCACACGGGCUUGCCCCUGGUCGAGAAGGCCGCAACCUCCGACCGCAUUUUUGUCUACAUUCAGACACACGGCCUUCGCGCCAUGGUCAAGGCGUGGCGCGUGCAGCGGCUCGUGCCCAUGCAAGCGCUGGACUUGCUCGAGAAGAUGCUCGUCAUCGACCCGACACAGCGCAUCACAAUGGCCGACGUUGUGCAUCACCCGUACGUCGCAUCGCCCUUGGUUGCUUAGACCUAAAACCCGCUUUUUUAGUAAUUUAUUCAACAAUUUUCGUUGGAACGUGUA